AUGGCAAAGGAUCAAGAAAUGGCAGCGUAUAGUAUCGAAGAAUAUUAUGAUAUGCUCAUGGCACUCGGUGAGUGUCAUGGACAACAAUACAUUGCUGCAAGAAGAUACGUCGAGCUGUAUCCGAACAGAGCAAGACAUCCACAUGCCAGCGUUAUACUCGAAGCAGCGGAAAGAUUGUACGAAACCGGAAGCGUCCUGCCAAAGAAGAAGGACGCCGGUAGGCAGCGUUACGCAAGAAACGUACGAAAUACGGAAACAGUUCUUCUUACCAUUGAGCAAGAACCGGAAACCAAAAAUCUACCUGAUUUUCUGGAAGACGUGCCACUCUUGGAUCGAAAUAAAAUAAUAUUUCAACAAGACGGCGCUGGUCCUCACAAGGCCAGAAUUGUUACCGAUUUUUUAAACCAGCAAUUUCCCGCACGUUGGAUGGGCCGGUAUGGUCCGAUACGCUGGCCAACAAGAUCCCCGGACCUCAACCCAUUGGAUUUUUUCUUGUGGGGAUACUGCAAGGAAAAAAUUUAUAGACAGCUUCCCGAGGACGUGGAAGAACUAAAUAACAAGCUUCACGAUGCUGUUUGGUCCAUCGACAACGACGUUAUGGAAAGAGUGCAGGCAAAUUUAUUGAGACGGAUGAGAGCUUGCGUCACAAUGGACGGUGAACAUUUCGAGCAUUUAUUAUGA